AUGAGUGAGCAGCGACAAUCCAACAUGUGCCGUCAUCUGGUUUCUUUUUCGGUGCUGCUGCUCCUCUGCCUGUUGCUGAUAUGCUGCAGCAGUACGGCUGUGUACGGUGAGGAGGGAAAUAAACCAAAGGAAGAGCAGCUGCCAAAGGGUAUCAAUCUUUUUAUGCCGCAUCAAACGAUUGUGGAAACGCAAGGUCGAAGUCAAACGAGGGAUUAUUUUGCCUUCCCUUCCCUUGCCAGUGCUGGUGGAGUGUUGGUUACUUUUGCCGAGAGUCACAGCGACCUCCGAGUCUCCGGUGAGGAAUAUGCUUCAAUGUAUUACGCUGAUGUUGUGGCGGGGUACGUUGACUCUGCGGAGAGCUGGUCGUCUUUUGUUGAUGAGUUCCGUGAAGACGAAUGGAAGGCGUACAGCAUCUUUAACAUAACCACGCAAGGGGACCACAGCGGCAUUGUGAUACACCUGUUAAAACCCACAACAAUUGCAAAGGGUAACAAGGUUUUUCUACUUGUGGGGGACUAUUAUCAGAAGUAUGAUCCUUCAUCGAAGAAGCACAUUAAAUCCUCAAAGGAUCUUGUUUUGGUCGUGGGUGAGGCCACACAAGAUAAAGUCAUUCAAUGGGGCAAACCCACCUCGAUUUUAUCACAGAUUGAACCAUAUGCUAAACAACUUGACCUGGAGCAGUUUAUUGGUGGUGGUGGCUCAGGCGUUGUGAUGGAGGAUGGCACGCUUGUGUUUCCUGUGACGGUGAAGAGUAGAAAAGAAAACGAAACUGUCUCCAUGAUUGUUUAUUCGAAGGAUGACGGCAAAAAUUGGGUGCUUCCACAGGGGACGCUCCUCAGGUGGUGCACUGACCCCCUCAUCGUUGAGUGGGAGCAGGGGCAGCUUGUCAUGGUUGCCAAAUGUGAUUUGCUCUCCAAUGUGUUCGAGUCGAGGGACAUGGGGGCAACGUGGAGGGAGGCUGUCAGGAUACUCACACGUGUUCAGCCCAGGUUGUUACCAGACGCUUCUCAGAAACCUGAAGGAGUG